AACCCACUCUUCUCCCUCUUUCUCUCUCUCUCUCUCUCGUCUUUUUCAAUAUAUGGGAACGAGCUUUGGGAUUUUCUGCAUCUAAUUUCUUUUCUAGUUUUCUUUUCUCGCUCGAUCUUUGCUAACCCGCUGCUGGAAUCGCUUUCCCUUGGAUUUUCUGCACAUAUCUGCAAAAAAAAAUCUCUUCGUGUUUUGGGAUCUCUGGCGAUUUUCGGGGUUUUCAGUAGAAUCCCGCUCCGAUUCGAGCUUUCAGGGCCUUUUCUCGCUUAAACUUCGUUAAUCCGAGCUCAUAUAGCAUUUUCCUUGGAUUUUACUCUUGGAAACCUCAUUUUCGAGGAUCUCAUUGUCUUUCGUUUCCUGCUCCUUUCUAGGGUUUCGUUAGCUCGACCGUUGGCAAACGAAUCUCAGAAGCGUUUUCUCUAGGUUUUCCACUCGUUUUAUACCUUUUUGCGAUGAUGAAGCCUUGAUCAGUCACCUCUUCUGGAAACCGGAUUCCUUUCAAUAUUCUGAUGAUUUUGGAGCUUCUCGACGGAAAAUUUCCUCCCGACUCGUUUUUUUACUGCUUCUUUUUCGGCUUUGUCGGUGAUAGUCUAAGCUCAGAUUGCAUGUUCCUCGGAGCUUCUUCUGAAGUUCUGGAACGUUGUAAUCAUCAGUCUUCUGUAUUCUGUGCUUGAAUUCGUGUUUUAUCUUCUGGCAGUUUGAUGAAAUCUGUGCUUCUUUUCGCUUGAUUGUCACAUGCACUCAUUUCCAAAUGGAAUUUUGACUGAAGGCGAUCUGUUUCUCCUUCUCUUUCGGCUUUGCUGGUAAACUCUUCACGAAUUCAUGCUUGCUGUUGGAAGCAAGAGAAUACCAUUCCUUGUAUCCAAACAUGUGUGAUAUUCGAUUUUGUCAGAUUCUAUAUGUGAGUGUUUAUAGCUUUUGUUUUUCCACGGUAUUCUGAGAUAUUACACCUGGAAAAAAUGGUAUUCUGUGAUAUAUGGUGCUGUAUUUUUUAGUUGUUAUAUAGAUAGAUUUGGGAUACACCAUUUGAAGAAAAAAAAAAAAACUGGGGAAAAAUAGGGUGGUGGUUCUGUGACUUGAGUCAAUUGCUGCUUUGUGAGUCAGUCAUUUUGAAGCAGCCUCAUGGCAGACGGCUUGAAUUGUAAUCCUCCUACUGAUGAGUCCCCUAUUCUAGAUGUUAAGCCUUUGCGUAUCUUGGCUCCCAUGUUUCCAGCACCUUUCGGGUACACAACGUUUUCCCCUCCAGACGCUCCUCCAUCUUAUGUUUGUGUCACUCCGUUUGGCCCUUUUCCUCCUGGGUGCACCCCAUUUAUCCCCCCUCCCUCUUCCAUCCCUCCGUCAUCUCAGAGGCCAUAUGACCAGACCCCACUGGCCACGGACAGAGGUGGCAAUGUUGGAGAGGCUUCUGGUUUUGAAAACCCCAAUAACAUUCCAUCGCCCUCGUUUCAUACGCCUCAACCAACUGCAGGGCCUGCAAAUGGCUUUGCAGGACAACCGAAGCCCAUUGAGAUCUAUGAGGCUGAUGGGACACUGCGCCAGCAAACUGUAAGUGGUAAUUUCUCUGGACCCGCUUCCACAAAAGACGUGAGCAGUAAAAAGCGGAAGCAGAUGGUGAAUAGUCGGAAGCGGUCAGUUUAUCAAAGCAGCUCCACAAUGAGUAGUAGCGACACCGAGGCUAGUAAUGAAAAGAGUCAGAAGAUUAAGGCGCAAAAGAGGGUGAGAAACAAUGGUGACACUAUAAUAUCUUUGCCAGUCGACGGAGAUAGGGACUCGGUUGAAAGACUGCUUAUUACAUAUGAUGCACUCAGGCGAAGGCUCUUGCAACUGGAUGAUGUAAGGGGGCCAACUCCUGGGGCAAGCAAACGUCCAGACUUAAAAGCUGGGGCAAUUAUGAUGAGUAAUGGACUUCGAGUGAAUAUGAGUAGGAGGGUAGGGGCAGCACCUGGGGUCGAGGUUGGGGAUCUUUUCUUCUUCAGAUUUGAGAUGUGUUUGGUUGGAUUGCAUGCUCCGAGUAUGGGCGGAAUCGACUACACAAAUGUGAAGUUUGAUCAAGAGGAGGAGCCUGUAGCUCUAAGCAUCGUUUCAUCUGGGAUGUAUGAGGAUGACGAUGAUGAUACGGAUGUUUUGAUUUACAGUGGGCAGGGUGGUAGCUCAAAAGUUGGGAAGCAAAUAGAUGACCAGAAGCUGCAAAGGGGUAAUCUUGCUUUAGAAAGGAGCUCGCAUCGGAAGAAUGAGAUUAGAGUAAUCCGAGGUAUGAAGGAUGAAAUGAAUUCAGCUGGUAAGAUUUACAUGUAUGAUGGUCUUUAUAAAAUUCAGGAAUCAUGGAUAGAGAAAGGGAAAUCAGGUUUCAGUGUUUUCAAGUACAAGUUGCUGAGAAUGCCGGGGCAACCUGAUGGAAGCGCACUUUGGAAAAUAACACAGAAAUGGAAGGAAAGUCCAUCAUCUAGAGGCAAUGUUAUCCUGCCAGACAUAUCGUCUGGGGCUGAAAAUUUACCUGUUUGCCUUGUUAAUGAUGUCGAUGAGGAGAAGGGACCGACUCAUUUCUCAUACAUCACUACAGUCAAGUAUUUGAAACCUAUCAGCUCAAUGAAACUUAUCAUGGGCUGCCCGUGCCAUAGCGUGUGCAUGCCGGGUGAUGCCAAUUGCAGUUGCUCUCUGAAAAACGGGGGGGUUCCCCCAUACAGUUCGAAUGGGCUUCUCACAAGACGCAAGGCAUUGAUGUAUGAGUGCGGUUCUUCGUGUAUGUGCUCUAUUAACUGCCGAAACCGAGUGUCCCAAAAGGGCAUAAGGUUCCGCUUUGAGAUUUUUAAGACUAGGGACAGAGGCUGGGGUCUGCGCUCCUGGGAUCCCAUUCGAGCGGGUUCUUUUAUUUGUGAGUACACAGGUGAAGUCAUCCCUGAAAUCAGAGUGGAAGAUGAGGAUGAAGACGAUGACUAUAUCUUUGAGGCUUCUUGCUCCAAUGAGAACUAUUUUGAGUGGAAUUACAUACAUGAAUUACUAGGAGAAGAGAAGCCAGAGGACUUGAGUGAAAAUCCUAAACCAUUGCCCAUUAUUAUUAGUGCAAAAAAUACAGGGAAUGUGUCUCGUUUUAUGAACCACAGUUGCUCCCCUAAUAUCUUUUGGCAGCCGGUUCUAUAUGAUCAUGAUGAUGACUGGUACCCUCAUAUUAUGUUUUAUGCAAUCAAACAUAUUCCUCCAAUGACAGAGUUGACAUAUGAUUAUGGCCUAAGCAAGAAUCAAUCUGACAAUGUAGAAAUGGGUGGACACCGUAAGAGGCAGAAGUGCUUAUGUGGAUCAUCAAGAUGCAGAGGCUUCUUCGGUUAGUUCUUAAGCAGUACAUAUGAUUGGGCAAGGAGUGAGCAGCUCAAUAUACUCCUCAAACAUGAUCUCCUUUUUUGUAUAUGUGGUCAGCGACUCAGCGGCGACCGGAGAAAUCUUGGGCGGAAUCCAUUGCCGCCGCUGUAAAUCCACAUUCCGGUUAUAUACAGGUGCGGAACUGCGUAACCAUACCUUUUUUCGGAUAUGCAAGUAGUUAGUAUUUGUGAUUGUGUAGAGACUAAUCAGGCUUUCCCUAUUCACCUUAUAACUAUGCUUAAGGGUUUUUAUAUGUAAUGACUUAGGUAUUUUAUAGGUGCUACUUGUUUCUCCAA